AUGUAUUGGUUUCGGAUCACGCCACUGCUCCGCUCCUGUACUCUGUACUCCGCCACAAUUACACACUGUCUGACGGUACCACAAGCACAGCAUCAAGGGGCAGUGGUGGCCGUGGCCAAGAGCAUAGAAUGGAUCGACCUCAGCCUUGGCUUAUCCCCUUCGGAUCUAGAUGCAUUGGCUCAGAUCCCAGAAGAUCAGAUCUCUGUCGAGACUCUUCCCCACAUUUUGAGGCAGCUCAAGAACCGCAAGAAACAGGAGAGCUUUCCAGAAUGGGAUGAACCAAGAAGCAGGGAGGGGCCAUCAGACCGGGAGUACUCUUUCAGACAGGACUCAGGUCAGAGUCAUGACUUUGGUCGAAGCUUUGGCUCUGGAAACUUCUCCCAGUCUCGUCAUGACUUUGGCAUGGCGCCCUCCUCUAGCUCUGCGGCGUACAUGCAGCCCGCUCAGGAGAAAGUGGAGGACUUCCUGGGACUCAAUCCAGCCCGGUUCCCACACGUGUGCGUGCUGUGUGACUUUGACGUUCACUCCAUUAUGGAGUGGAACCAGCACGUGAACAGCCUCCGCCAUGCUGAGAACAGAAGAAUGCUGCUUAACUUGUAUCCGGACUGGGAGCCCCCCAUGGCCUCCAAUAGAAGUGGGGGCAUGGAUGCUCCCAACCUCUCGGCUGGGAUCCUGGGACCUGCUCCCAUGUCCGGUCACUCUUCAGGAAUGUCUUCCAACUGGGGCGGAGGUUCUGGAAUGUCAGAGCGGGAUGCAAUGGGACCCAAACCGAGAGUCAGAGUGGUGGAGGUGAUGUACGAGCGGAAACCUCUCAGCAACCAGUCUCUUUUUAACUUUGUCAAGCCUUUUGGACAACUGAAAGAGCACCUGCUUCUCAAGAACAAGGGCUUCCUGGAGAUGAGCAACGCUGACCAGGCUCUGGAUGUGGUCAACUAUUACCAGCAGAACCCUGCGUCUCUGGGAGGACGACGCCUGGUGUUCGUGCUCUCCAAGCGGGUCUUCAUCGAGAAGCAGAUGGGGGGCUCUCAACCGCCCCCGAAGCCAGCGCCACGCAACAUUCCUCGCAUUCGAGAAGACCCCUCCACCAACAGCCAAGUGCUGUACUUCUCCAACCUGCCUCUGAAGGAGGAGGAGAAGAACGACCUGCUCACCAUCGCCGGGAGGUUUGGAACCGUCCAAAAGCACCUGUUCCUGCAGAGAGAGGGCUUCAUUCAACUGUCAACUCCUCGGGAAGCAGAGAUGAUGGCAAAAUACUACACCAUUAACCCCUUGGAGAUCAGAGGGAAGCCAGCCCGCUGCAACGUGUGCACCAAGUACAAGACCCUCAACGUGCAGUCAAACAACUCAAAGAGUCCUGGUUCCCAAGCUCCGCGGAGGGAAAGAUCAGGCGCCUCGAGUCCUAGACGCUCCUUAGACAGACAGAAGAGAAGUCAAAGUCCUAGAGCAAGAAGCAGAGAGGAUCGCAAAAGGGAAGAGCGUUCCAGGUCCAAAUCUGAAUCUAAACCAAAGCCAAAGUCAGAGCCCAAAGUGGAGUCCAAAGCCAAGUCCAAAGCCCAGUCGAAAGCAGAGCCUAAGGUGGAGUCCAAGGCCCAGUCGAAAGCAGAGCCUAAGGUGGAGUCCAAGGCCCAGUCGAAAGCAGAGCCUAAGGUGGAGUCCAAGGCCCAGUCGAAAGCAGAGCCUAAGGUGGAGUCCAAGGCCCAGUCGAAAGCAGAGCCUAAGGUGGAGUCCAAGGCCCAGUCGAAAGCAGAGCCUAAGGUGGAGUCCAAGGCCCAGUCGAAAGCAGAGCCUAAGGUGGAGUCCAAGGCCCAGUCGAAAGCAGAGGCUGUGGACUUGAAAGCAGAGUCCAAAGUGGAGUUUAAAGCAGAACCUCCAGUAGAAGCGGAGAAAGAAGAGAGCAGCCAGAAAGACGAGGCUUCGAGCACUAAUCUGGAGCAGAUUGAAAAUGAGAAAGAGCCAGAACAAAAGGGGCCCGAUGUGGGUCCUGAGGACAUGACUGAGGAAGUGGACGAAGCUGGAGAAGUGAAGCAGGAUGCGGAGACUGAGGAGAGUAAAGACGGCAUCAUGGCCGAUGCUGAGGAGAGCGCGAAAGAAGAUGAUGAUGAUGAUGAAGAUUUCUGUCUGGAAAACAUGGAGGACAUGGUGGUGGUGGAUGAACUGGAGGAGGAUGAGGCCGAGGCUCCAGAUAGUUCUAACACAGGGGGAAUGCGUGUGGUGCUCGUGAUGGGCUUCAGAAAAGGAUACAAUUUUCUGAACGAGCUCAUGCAGCUGGCCCAACCCUUCGGCAAAGUGGAGAGCCACCUCAUCAUGGACCAGCAGCGCAAGGCUUACCUGCAGUUCACCAAAGAGGAGGAGGCUGUGGCCAUGGCAAAGUUUUACAACGGAAAUGUCCAGCCGAGAGUGUGUGGACGACCCGUAAAAGUCUGGCACUACACCUCACAACCCACCAUACAGUUUGGAUUUGUGGUGUACAUCGGUAAACUGCCCAACGUGAAGUACUCCAUAGACGACAUCCUGGAGAUGGUGGAGAAGUACGGGAAAGUCCGCAAGUACUUCCUGCACCAGUUCCGCCACGAGUGCUACCUGGAGAUGGAGACAGAGGAUCAGGCAGAGCGAGUGGUGGAGCACUAUCGCCAGCAGCCUGCAGUGCUCUACGGCCAGAGACUGACCAUAUAUGUGAGCCGCAAGUACAGGUUCCUGCAAGGGCGUCACGUUGUGCUGAUGGGCGCCGACAAGAAGACUUCCAAACGAGAGAGAGAGCAGGACGCAAAACGCAAGUCCAGCGACGAACCAGCCUCCAAAAAGAGCAAGGAGGAGAUGAGUGACGGGGCCUCAAAGGAGAAAGGAAAUGAGGAGGAGAGCACUGAGGAAACGACUAAGGAGAAAGACGAGGAGAGCUCUGAAGAAACUAUUGAGGCAAAAGACGAGGAGGAGAGUCCUGCGGAAACCAAGGGGAAGGACGAGGGGGAGAGUCCUGAGGAAAGCAUUAAGGGGACAGAGGAGACUUUAAAGAAGCUAGGAAAUGAGGAGAGCGGAGAGGAGACGUGUCAGAAGCUAGGGGAGGAGGAGAACGAAGAAGUGAUGUCUCUGGAGGACAAAGCUGAGGAAAUAGAGGAUUCAGACCAGGAGAUGGAAGGAGAAAAGCCCGUGGGAGAAGUGAUUGGAGAAACAUCGGAGGAGGAAGAGGACUUGUUAGAGGACUCGACACAGGACCAGAGUGAAGAGGAAGAUCAGACGGAGCCAGAGUCCAGGGUCCUGCUGCCCCCAUUCGACCCCCACACUCCUGUUGGUGUGGAGCAUGUGCAGAGGGGGUUCUACUGUGGCCUGUGCUGCCUCCUCUGUCCUGACGAGGAGCAGGCCAGAGACGCUCACUGCAGCAGUCGGCCGCACUACGAGCAGCUGCAGAGGCACAUGGAGCAGAAAAACACGGCACAAGAAUAG